AUGGGUACAUUCAACAACGAAAAGUCCUCGGCCAGGACUGAGAAGAGAUCUAUGCCCAAUGAAGACACUGUUGCUAUUCCUGAGAGCCGAGUCAAUGCGUCCGGCCACAACGAUCAACUCAGUCGACAGUACGGGCUUCUUGAAGCCGCCGGCAUGGCAGUCACAAUCAACAACGCCUGGGUUGUCCUGGGCUCUUCCAUUUCCGUUUCCCUCUUGAACGGAGGCCCUCCCGGUGUCAUAUUCGGCCUCAUCGUGGCAGUGUUCUACUAUAGCUUCAUCGGCAUGAGUCUUGCGGAGUUCGCAUCGUCGUUCCCAUCUGCGGGAGGUGUCUACCACUGGGCUACGAUCGCCGCUGGGCCAAGUUGGGGGCGGGUCACCGGGUUCUUCACAGGUUGGCUCAACUUUUACGGUUCAAUUUUUGGUCUUGCUUCACUCGUCCAAAUAGCCGCGAACGCUGGAGUGCAACUAUACGCCAUCUAUAACCCCGCAUACACCGCCGAAGCCUGGCACGUUUAUAUCGCAUACCUCGUUAUCCUCCUCUUCAGCACACUGUUGGUUCUCUUCGCCAACCGACUCGCACCAUACUCUCAACACCUGGGCUUGUUCUUGGUUGUCUUUGGAGGCAUUGCCACCAUCAUUGUCCUUGCCACAAUGCCUUCCGAGCAUUCAUCGAAUGACUUUGUAUGGACCUCCUUCAACGAGAAUAACUUAAGUGGUUGGGAGGGAGGCGUUGCCUUCAUGAUUGGUGUUCUGAAUGGCGCCUUUACGAUUGGAACAACAGAUGUCAUUACUCAUAUGGCUGAAGAGAUGAAGAAUCCUGAGAGAGAUCUUCCCAAAGCCAUAUUUCUGCAAAUCGGCAUUGGCGGCGCCUAUGGCCUGGCAUAUGCAGUCGCUCUUGCAUACGCCAUCUCGGAUAUCACUGCACUCGAUGCUGGCGUGAACAACUUCCCACUAGCCGGAAUCUACAGACAGGCCACAGGAAGCCCGGCUGCCACGUUCGGGCUUUUGUUCAUCAUCUUCUUGUCUGUUGUUUGUUCCGUUAUUGGCAGCUUGCUCUCCUGCUCGCGAAUAUACUGGGCCCUGGCUAGGGAUAAUGCGGUUCCUCUCUCUGGAAUAUUCCUCAGAGUAAACGAGAGUCUGAGCUGUCCGCUUGAGUCUACUCUCUUCGUUGCAAUUGUGACAACGGCAAUAGGAGCCAUCCCUAUUGCAAGCUCUGUCGGCUUCAGCAAUCUCACAGGAUCAUUCAUCAUCCUUAGCACAGUUUCAUACGCUAUCCCAAUGGUCGCAAAUCUUGCCACUGGGCGAAAGUACUUUACCAAGGGGCCUUUCAGCCUCCUUGGCCUGAAGGGAUAUGUGAUUAAUUCUUUGGCUAUCGUAUUCAUUGUGUUGUUCGACGUCUUCUUUUGCUUUCCUUUGGCGUUGCCUUUUGACGUGACGACAAUGAACUACAAUUGCGUGAUUCUCGUCGGCGUGCUCAUAAUUACAGCCUUGUGGUGGCUGGUACAUGCGACAAAGCACUACCCCGGUCCUAUGUUUAAAGACAUUUACGUACACGAGGAAGAAACACAAUCAGAAAAGAACUAG